AGGGUGGGGGAAGCAGAGAGAGGGCUAGAGAGGCUAGUAAAGUGGGAAGGAAGAAAGGUGAGGAAGAGUGAUGGAAGAUCUUUUCGUUGUCGCGCUUUCCGUCUCCCUCUACGUCCUCUUCUGGCUGUAUGUGAAGGGCAAGAAUAGGAGGUGCGGGAAGGAUGGCGUCCCUCCGGGCUCCCUCGGCCUUCCCCUGUUGGGCGAGACCCUGAAACUCAUCUCCGCUUAUAAGUCCAGCAAUCCCGAGCCUUUCAUUGACGAGAGAAGAGCUCGGUAUGGUAACUUGUUUACCACUCACGUCUUUGGGGAGGCCACCAUCUUCUCGACGGACGCAGAGGUGAACCGCUUCAUCCUUCAGAACGAAGGGAAGCUGUUCAUGGGGGACUAUCCCAGCUCCAUCUCCAAUUUGCUGGGGAGGCACUCGCUCGUGCUGAUGAAGGGCAGCCUUCACAAGCGGAUGCAUUCCCUCACUAUGAGCUUCGCCAACUCCUCCAUCAUCAAGGAUCACCUCUUCUUCCACAUCGAGAGGCUUGUCCGUCUCAACCUCGACUCUUGGGGAGAUACCGUCCUCCUCCAGGACGAGACCAAGAAGAUCACGUUCGAUAUUGCGGUAAAACAAAUGAUGGGUUUGGAGCCAGGGGAAUGGACGGAAAAACUGAGGAAGGAAUACCUACUACUGAUCGAAGGAUUUUUCUCUCUCCCCGUCCCCCUAUUCUUCACCACCUACGCUAGAGCUCUCAAGGCGAGGUCGAGAGCAGCGGACGCUCUGAGAGCGACGGUGAAGCAGAGGAAAGGAGUUCGGGGAGAAGAGGCGGAGGAAGGCGAUGGGCAGAGGAGGCGGAACGACAUGAUGGAAGCUCUCUUACGAGAGGGGCUGUCGGAUGAGGAGAUAGUGGACUUCCUUUUGGCGCUUCUGGUUGCAGGCUACGAGACAACGUCCACGAUUAUGACUCUGGCGGUCAAAUUCAUUUCGCACAAUCCCCGCGCCUUAUCGCAACUGAAGGUUGACACUCCACGCUUGUGUGCGUGCAUGUUGCUAGUGGAAGAACAUGAAGAAAUCAGGCGCAGAAGACAAGAUUCUGAGGCAUUGGCGUGGAGCGAUUACAAGUCCAUGCCUUUCACCCAAUGCGUAAUCAACGAGACUUUGCGGGUAGCGAACAUCAUCGGCGGUGUUUUCCGACGAGCCGUUACCGAUGUCCAUGUCAAAGGUCAUACCAUCCCCAAAGGCUGGAAGGUGUUUGCCUCGUUCCGGGCCGUCCAUCUCGAUCACCAACUCUACGAAGAUGCCCGGACCUUCAACCCUUGGAGGUGGCAGAGCGAUCACAAGGGCAUUCAAGCCGGCAUCUUUACUCCGUUUGGCGGGGGACCCCGUCUCUGCCCAGGUCACGAGCUUGCCCGGGUUGAGAUCUCCGUCUUCCUUCAUCACCUCGUCACCACUUUCAGAUGGGAGGAGGCGGAGGAGGACAAGCUGGUCUUCUUUCCCACUACCAGAACUCUGAAGCGUUAUCCUAUUAAAGUCAGUAGGAGGAAUUCCGAACUCAGCUGAACAGAAACCAUGAUUAAUGCUUAUGGGAAGAGGAGGGGCAGGGGAAGGAGGGGGAGAGAGAGAGAGAGAGAAAGUGGCCUUGAGGGGAAAGGGCUUGAAUCUGCGGACAGUCAGCCCUCCUGUACAUUGGAUAUUAGUAGUAAUUAAUUUCCAUGAAGCAGCAAGGCGAAGCUGUUUCUCUC